CGUAUUUCUGCCAAAAAAAAUCAUUUUCUGCUACAAUUCAUGCCGAUUAAUUGUGGAUUUACCAAGGACUGAUUCAUAGUGACAAAUUAUAGAUAAAGUCUGUUUUUUUUUCUUAAAUAAAAAAAUGUGUUCUUUAUAUGAUUUAGACUUUUUGUUAUUAAUCUUCAAUCUGGGUUUUCUAUGGGAAAUUUGUUCUUUAAUUCCCGUUGAUUUUGAAUUGAAUUAAGAUAUGAAAUCAUGCCCACUUAGAAAAAAAAUUAAAUCUUUUGUGUAAAUUUAGACCACUUUCUUGUCCCAAAUUCCUUUUCCUUCUCUCCAAUGGAGAAGAAUGAGAAGAACAUUAAUCUUCAAACCCCACUUCUUCAACAUUCCAAUGGGACCCACCAAUAUCAUUCAAAUGAGUUUAAUCAAAAAGAUAAAUUCCAACAAGAGGAGCAAAACCCACAAGAAGUUGUUAGUGUAAUUGUUGAUGUUAAUGAAGAAGAUGAUAAACAACUUGAUAAAACCCUUCAAAGAUUGGAAUUUUAUCUCAAAUUUCUUUGUUUUGAUCAGACAAAUCCAUUGAAGCUUCUGCUUUCAUGGGUUGUUUUCAUUUUUGUGGGUGUUUUAGUUCCUAUGAUGAUGAUUGAGCUCACCCAUUGUAUGGAUUGUGAAGAUUAUCAAGUCAAGGACUUUGAGUAUGAAAUUCUUACUUCUCAUCUUCUUCUUGGUGGUGCUUCUUUGAUUUGUAUGGCCUAUAACAUUAACAAAAGAGGGUUUAGAAAAUUCUUGUUUGUUGAUCGUUAUAGGGGGUAUACCAACCGUUUCAAGGUCCAAUAUAUCAACAAAAUCAAGGGUUCCUAUCAUCUGUUUUUCCAGUUAUUGCUUCCAUGUUGUAUCUUGAAAACAGCUCAUGAGAUCAUGCGCAUGAUUUAUGUGCGGAAUCACUCGUGGUCGCUAGCGUGUUUAAAAGUCUCGGCAUUAGUCAUAUCUUGGACAUAUUUAAGUGCAAUUUCUCUAGCGGCCUGCAUCCUCUUUCAUUUAGCCUGUAAUUUGCAAGUUAUUCAUUUCAACGAUUACACGAAAGUUUUGGAGAAGGAAUCGAGUAUUAUGACAUUAAUGGAUGAGCACAUGAGAUUGAGGGGCUAUCUCUCUAAAAUCAGCCACAGAUUUCGAAUAUAUCUUAUCUUGGUCUUCCUGUUUGUUACGGCUAGCCUAUGUAUGACUCUGGUACAAAUCACAGGUGUGAAUGGAAGAGUUACCUUCUUAAAUGGUGGAAAUUUUGAUGUCACUUCAAUUGUGCAAGUUGUUGAGACACUUCUUUGCUUGCAUGCUGGUACGAAAAUUUCCUCGAGAGCCCAGGGAAUCGGUGCAGUAGCAUGUAGAUGGCAUGCAAUUGUUACGUGCAAGUCUCUUGAUGGAGGUAAACGCUCAAUGUCAUUGGGUUCGUUAUCUUCAAGUUUUUCCGAGAGUGAAUCAUGUUUGCUAGAUGAAAAUGCAAUUGUCUGCCAUUCGCAAUUUGCUUCAGUAUCUUCAUUCAACAAACGGCAAUCUUUUGUGACGUAUUUGCAGAUGAAUCCUGGAGGGCUCACAUUGUAUGGAUGGACAGUCGACCGUACGCUUUUGACUACGAUUUUUGCAAUCGAGCUCUCACUAGUCCUCUUUGUGCUUGGUCAGACCAUUGUCUUCUCUUCCCCAACUUCAUGAAAUCGACACUGCUUUUCACAAUUCAGAGCAAAUUUCAAUGCAGAACUGUUUUUGUUCGAGUCCCCGAAUUUUUUCAUCCCUUACGCGUGUAUUUUUUGCGCAUUACGAAUAUCCACCCCAAUUGUUCAUUGCAAAGAGUGUUACCUUCCUUUUUGUAUAUUUGUUUGUACAUAAAUAUGUUGAGCAAAUUGGUUUCACUAAGGGAUCAUAUGUAAGAUGUAAUAAUGACUCCAACUUGAGUGAAUGUGAAUUCAUGGUUAGGUUGUUACAAUUUUUUCUUGCAAUAUUUAUAAAUUCUACUGGAAUCAUGGUUACUUUUCUUGUUUUUGUUGCACAAAAUAUGUGAUA